AUGGGCUCUCAAAACCUUGCCAAUCUCACAUUAGGUGGUGGCGACCCUCGUGAGGAGGAGAAGAACCCUGCCCUCUUCGCUCUCGAGCAUGGCCACGAGGCUACCGCUGAUACUGCAGUCGGUUUCAGCAUCGAAGCAGCUUUGGUUCACAACGAUCCCAAUGUUCUGUUCGAGGAAUACCUCCAUUAUGCCGCCAUUACUCGAGCGGAAGAAAGGGAGUACGAGAAGACCAUCGAGAAGAAGCCAUUCACAUUCAAGGGCAUGAUAAAAAGUCGCUUCUCUACUGGACACCAGCAAACAUUCGAAGAGGACAACACCAAGGACGGACGGCCAUUAGCCUACACAAACGCCGCUGAGGUCACUGAUCUGGAUUGGAGGCGUGCAUCUCGUGCUACGAGGACAGCGACAUGGACCUCCAUCUUCUUCCUGAUCACCACUGACAUUCUUGGUCCCACUGUNUGGGCCUUUGCAAACACUGGCUUUGGUCCUGGUGUUGCUCUCUAUACCGUGUUCGGUGGACUUGCCGCUCUUUCUGGUUGGUAUGUCUACUUGACCUUCUUGAAGCUGGACUCGGAUCGCUACCCUAUCCGCGACUUUGGACAAGCCUUCUACCGUGUCUUUGGUGCACCCAUGAGACACACCGUCAACAUCCUUCAGACUCUGCAAAUGUUCCUCCUGGUGGCUGUCUUGAUUCUUAACAAUGGUGGUGCUAUUUCUGAGAUCUCAAUUGGAGAGAAUGGCAAGAAUGGCAAUGGUCUUUGCUUCAUCAUCUGUUUGUUGAUCCUCGCAAUCCUUGGAGUCGUUCUUGGUCAGAUCCGUACUCUGCAGCGCUUUGGUUGGCUCGCCAAUCUGUCAGUUUGGACUACCGUCAUCUGCUCCUUCUUGGCCAUUGGUGCCAGUGCCACUUCGCCACCCAACUAUGCAGUCAUGCUCAGUACUUUCGGUGGAAAGGGCACUGCAUAUGGUAACACAAACUUCCCUGACGGUACAAUUGAGAGCCACAUCCCGAUCAAGACUUUCGGCGGCACGCCUCCUUACGGCUUUCAAUCUGGUGGUACUGGUUUCCUGGGCAGUUUCCAGGGUAUUGAUCAGAUUAUCUAUGCCUACGGUGGUGCUAUGUUGUUCUUCAAUCUUCUCGCUGAAAUGCGCAAUCCUUGGGACUUCUGGAAGGGUAUGCUUGCCGCAGAUAUCUUUAUCUAUAUCGCAUACAUGUUCUUCGGUCUUUUCCAGUACGCUUACCAGGGUCAAUACACGUACAACACUGCUAUCCAGAGUGUUGGAUCUUAUGGUCUCCAGACCGCUGGUAACAUUUUGUCGAUCAUUGGUAAGCACCGUGUUUCAACCAACAGAUUCGAUGCGGUUCGACUAACACUCUCUNNAGGCGGUCUCAUCGCUGCUGCGUUGUACGGCAACAUCGGAAUCAAAGUCAUUUACAGCAACGUUCUGAUGGAACUGUUCCCGGGCAAGUACAUCUGGAUGGUCCUUGUGCCUGUAUACUGGGCUCUCGCCUUUGUAGUCGCUGGUGCAGUUCCUCUCCUCGGAGACUUCAGUUCCCUCGUCGGUGCCAUCUGUAUCGGAAACUUCACCUACACCUUCCCAGCUCUGCUUCGCAUCGGCUUCAUGGUCAAGCAGGCUGCCAUGCUACCCGAAGAGACCUUUGACGUCGCAACAGGAAAGUACCACCGCGUCGAUGGCGGCAUCAAGAGAUGGAUGCGUGGAUACAGAAAGACUUUCUUCAUCACUUCGCUCAACAUCAUUUACUUCUUGGGUGCAUUGGUUGUUUGUGGUCUUGGUUGCUAUGCUGCCAUUGAGGCUUUGAUCAGUGCAUUUGCAGGUGGUAGUGUUACUACCUCCUUCAGCUGCAAAUCUCCUUAUGCUGCUAGCUAG